AUACCACAGUCAAUUACACAACUAUCAUUGGAUCAUCACAAUGAAUCACUUCAAGCUGGACAUAUACCACAAUCAGUUACACAACUAUCAUUUGGUGAUUUCAAUCAACCACUUCAUGUUGGACAUAUACCACAGUCAGUAACACACUUAUCAUUUUGUGGUUUCGAUCAACCACUUCAAGUUGGACAUAUUCCACAAUCAGUAACACAUUUAUCGUUGGCUGCUUUCAACCAACCACUUCAAGUUGGACAUAUUCCACAAUCAGUGACACAUUUAUCGUUGGCUGCUUUCAACCAACCACUUCAAGUUGGUCAUAUUCCACAUUUCGUGACUCAAUUAUCAUUUGAUGAUUUCAACCAACCACUUCAAGUUGGACAUAUUCCACAAUCAGUAACACAAUUAUCAUUCCUUCUCUUUUAUCAACCACUUCAAGUUGGACACAUUCCACAAUCAGUGACACAACUAUCAUUUGCUGUUUUCGAUCAACCACUCCAGGUUGAACAUAUCCCACAGUCAGUGACACAACUAUCAUUGGAUAGAUUCAACCAACCACUUCAAGUAGGACAUAUUCCACAAUCAGUGGCAGAGCUAUCGUUGAGUAAAUAUUCUCGACCACUUCAAGUUGGACAUAUUCCACAGUCAGUGACACAAUUAUCAUUUUCUCUCUUCAAUCAACCACUUCAAGUUGGGCAUAUACCAAAGCAUGUAAAACAUCUAACUUUUGGUGGUUGCUUUGAUCAACAUCUCACAACAGAAUAUAUUCCAUCAGUUACGUCGCUAUCGAUUUAUUCUACUGUAUUCUCCCCCAAGAAUUUCAGUUUGCAUGAUCACAAGUGUCUCAAUGAGCUCACUGUUAUUCACUGCGUCGGCCCAUCCAUCCCACCCAAACACUGGAGAGACCAGGAUCGAGCUCCACCAUCAUUCUUGGACCAUAAUACUGACUCUAUUGUCAGGAUGUAUGGACUUUCACAUCUCAUCAUCAAAGUCAUGCCAAACUACACAAUAAGCAAAAUGGACGAGUGCGUCCCUCCCUCUCUUUUGCGCUUACUUAAGUCGAUCACAACAAUUACUCUGCAAAUCUUCCCCCCCAAUGGAUUCUCCAUCGUUAACCACGACUUUGAGACGACUUGGAGGUUAUCUGAUGAUGAGACAGGACUUUUUUUAACUAGCACCCGUUCAGGUUGUGACGGUGGUAACGGAGUUGUAUCAUUUUGGAAAUUUCUGGAAGCCUGUGCCGACACUGCUAAGCCACAGGCCAAGGUCCAUCAUACACAUUCUGCGAAGCUGUCAUCUAAACCCCGGAUUACCAAGUACCCAUCAGCAGCCACUGAUCAUGAAGCCGUAACUAAACUCAGAGAAUUCAUGGAUGGAAAGACGAUAUCUCAGAUGUCCAGGCUAACAAAGGACAAGUUGAGUCAAUAUCUUACAACCAUGGGAAUACCAACGACUUCGGAUACCAAAGCCACCAAACUCAAACUGGCCAGAGAGCUAUCAAAGGCUUUAAAUGGCAAA